AUGCCUCUCACCGAAAACCGCGCUUUGCGCAUCCUCGACCACGCCUCCAAAAACCACUACGGCGUGCCCGCAAUGUGCUGCUACAAUGUCGAAGGUAUUCUCGCUACAGUCCGCGCCGCAGAAGCCAAGCGCGCCCCUGCCAUGAUCCUUCUCUUCCCCUGGGCAAUUCACUACGCCGACGGAAUCCUCGUGCACGCAGCCGCGGAAGCAGCGCGCAAAGCUACCGUCCCCAUCACAGUGCACAUGGACCACGCGCAGACGCCGGAGAUUAUUCGCUACGCAGCAGAUCUGGGCGGGUUCGAUAGUAUCAUGGUUGACAUGUCGCACUAUGAGAAAGCGGAGAACCUUGCGCUGACGAGGGAGUUGGUGGAGUAUUGCCAUGCGCGGGGUAUUGCUACGGAGGCGGAGCCCGGGCGGAUUGAAGGUGGGGAGGACGGGGUUGCGGAUACGGCUGAUCUGGAGGGAUUGUUGACUACGCCUGAGGAGAGUCGGGAGUUUGUUGAUACGGGGAUUGAUUGGUUGGCGCCUGCUUUUGGGAAUGUGCAUGGGGAGUAUGGACCGCGGGGGAUUCAGUUGGAGUAUGAGAGGUUGAAAUCGAUUAAUGAGGCAGUUGGGAGGGAGGUGAGGCUUGUUCUUCAUGGGGCGGACCCUUUCAGCAAAGAGAUUUUCCAGAAGUGCAUUGAUUGUGGAGUGUCGAAGAUUAAUAUCAACAAGGUGUUGAAUAAUGAGUAUGUCAAGGUGCAGGCGGAAAAGGCUGGGAAGGUGCCUUUGACUACUUUGUUGGAGGAGGCUACAAAUGCGAUGCAGAAGGCUGUGGAGGGUUGCAUUGAUAUGCUGGGCGCCGGAGGGAGAUAUCCUUGA